AUGACGAAACGAAAAUCCGACUCUGGCUCGAUUUUGCCGCGCAAAAAGGCCCGGCUAACGCAGCUUGACGAUGCGUCCAAUCCUCAGACUCGCCAUGUCUUCCUCGCGCCACCACAGCCACUGUCUCCAGCGAUGCCCCCACGACUCGAAAAGCGCAAGAGGAAUGGAUCGAAUCAGCUGCAGACCGACUCGGACGAAGAGCCUCGCGCAAAGCGGGCCAGGACGAACCACACGUCAGGCAAUUCAACCAGACGAUGGUCUCGAAGCUCCUCUCCAGAGCUGUGGCCGAGCAUAGGAUAUGAGCCAGAACAAGAACAGAAGCCGAAUCUGCGGGUAGAGGCGUUUCACCGGGCGUGGAUAGACGCAGAAUCAGUGUGCAGCUGCCAGCCACAGACUGUGAUCCGAAAUCCGCUACCAAGCCCGGUGCCUUCAGAUAGGGACACAAGCGAGCCUGAUGGAAACGAAUAUGCAGCUAUCGACGCCACCCCUUCACCGCAGAAUUCGACUUCAAUACCGCAGCCAUCACCAUCCCCGAACCUACCGCAAACGACUCUGCAUUGCCCGUCUCCGCUCAGAAGGAAACGGCGAAGCUCUCGCCGGCAGUCUGCAAUCCUUUCCCCAGUAUCAUCCCAAGGAAAAGAAUCUCAGCGACAGCCACGACGGAAGAAAAAUAGCCGUCGCCAAGACAAACCACUAGAGCAUAAUGAUGCACCUCUCAUCGAAACCAUUUUACACUCAAGACGGUCUUCCAGACGGAGCUCCGGAUGCGAACUGUGGUAUUUAAACGACAAUGGCAUUGCAUGCGCAGUUGCGAACAGCAGGUGA